AUGAUUCGCGCGCGCGCGCUCUGCGCGAGCGGCCGAAGCGCGCUCAACGCUCUUGCGCGCGAUUUAAAGUCGAAUUCCAGGCUCGUGCAGGCGUCCAGCGCGAACGCGAGGACGAAUUCGUCGUUCGAUUUCGAGACCGUGGGCGCGGUCAGGCGACGACUCGGCGAGCUCGAGCGCCGCGUCGACAGCGCGCUGGAGAUCGCCGACGUCAAGGGGUUAAAGAUGAGGUUUGAGUCUCUGGACGAGCGCUCGUCCGCGGGAGAUCUGUGGGAGGAUGCGAAUAAGGCGCGCGUCGUGAUGGCUGAACUCGCGGGCGUCAGAGAGGAACUGGACGCCGCGCGCGCGUUUGAAGAGCACGUGAGCGAUGCAAAGACGGCGUUGGAGCUCGCAGAGGUAGGUGAGAGCGAUAAUGAGAUGAGUGAGAUGCUUUGCGAGGCGAUGGCGAGCGUGGAAGCCUUGGACGAGGCGUUAGAGCAGUGGGAGCUGAGACGGUUGCUGGGAGGGAAGUACGACGCGCUCGGCGCGGUGGUGCAAAUUUACGCCGGAGCCGGGGGUUUAGACGCGCAAGAUUGGACGGAGAUGCUCGAGAGGAUGUAUAUAGGGUGGUGCGAGAAACGAGGGUACGGCGUCCGCGUCACGGAGCGACAGGAGGGUGAGGGUGGGGGGUUGAAGACAGCCACACUCGAGGUCGACGGACGACACGCGUACGGGUAUCUGAGCAGCGAAAAGGGUACGCACAGACUGGUGAGGCAGAGCCCGUUUAAUAAGGACGCAGCGAGACAGACCAGUUUUGCCGCCGUGGAUGUCAUCCCGCUGUUACAGGAUGAGGAUGAGGUGAAGGUGCCUGAGGGUGACUUGGAAAUCACGACCAUGCGCUCGAGCGGCGCUGGAGGUCAAAAUGUCAACAAGUUGGAGACUGCGGUGCGAAUCAAGCACGUUCCCACCGGAAUCUCGGUCAAAGCGGAAGAACAUCGCACGCAGGCGCUGAACAGACAGGCGGCCAUGCUGAGAAUCAAGGCGAAGCUCACGGCUUUGGCUGAGGAAGCUCGCGUUGCCGACAUCGCCGAGCUUCGAGGCGACAUUGUCAAGGCUGAAUGGGGUCAACAGAUCCGUAACUACGUCUUGCAUCCGUACAAAAUGGUCAAAGACGUUCGUACCGGAGUCGAGACGAGUGACGUGACGCGUGUAUUGAAUGGUGGAUUAGACGAGUACAUGAAUGGCUAUUUGCGAUGGAAGGCGAGUAAGAACGAGAGCGAGUAA